CCUUGGCAAAGUAUUGAGUUGUGUGUUAGUUUUCACAUAUUUGUGCAUACAGGCACAGUGUUUAAACAAAAUUUACAAAAUGGCUGCGAAAACGGAAGUCAACUAUAAGUUUCCCAUGCAUGGGACUCAUAUGAGGAAGACUAUGGGCAAUGUGCGUACAGCCUGUAUAUUAUCCUUAAUAGCCCCGUUGAUCUUUUAUUUCGCACACAAUGUGACACAGAAAAACGCCUAUGCUAAUUUUUAUUCGAAGUAUGACCCCAUGUAUGCUUUUGAUCGCAUGAAAACUGCUGGCUACCUCGACUCAUGUCCCAAAGAAGAGAAGUGCAAGGAUGACAAGAAAAAAGACAAGAAGAAGUAAUAAUGAAGUACAAUAGAACAACAACACGCAUUGUCUUAAUACAUGAAUUUAGUCUUUAAUGUUUACACGCAUAUGAGUUCUAAGAAAUUGCAAACUCAAUGAAAAACUCUACAGCAACACGACAAAAUAAAUGGAGCAUUGCAAAUAGAA